AUGACGAUCACGAGGUCCGCAGCAAAAAAACAAGAGCAGACGGCCCGGGCGGCUCCGGCUGACGGGGCUCAGCCCGGCUCAAAGCACAAGACGGAGGAAGCCCCAAAGCCUCCAAGCCCCAAGCGAACCAAGAGACAGGAACAGGAAAAGGUUCAAGUGGCGCAAGAGACAGCUCCGAAGCGAGAAGAUCUCAAGGUCGAGGAAAAACCCCGAGAGCCCGAAGUUAAAAAGGACGACGCCUCGGCUGUGGAGCCACAGGGUCGUGAGGAAGCUGUCCCAUCGAGCAUCCUGGAGAAGGGGAUCAUCUACUUCUUCUUCCGCAGCCGCGUCAACGUCGACGAGCCCUUGGACGUGAGCGAGAUCGCCCGGAGCCACAUCAUCCUGCGGCCGAUCGAGAAGGACGCCAAGCUCGGGAGCGGCCCGAUCGGCGACGCCGGCAACAGCCGCGUGUGCGUGAUCCCAAAGAAGACGCUGCCGCAGAGCGGCCGCGACCGCUGGAUCGGGUUCGUCGAGAAGGCGGGCGCCUCGUUCCAGCGGCUCAAGGACGAGUUCCUGGCCUCGGCCGACUACCAGACCAAGACCCGCGGCGAGCGGCACGCGCCGGCCGCCACCCCGGUCGGCGAGGGCGUCUACGCCAUCACCAGCACGGGCCGGGAGAGCCAUCUGGCGUACAUGCUGACGCUGCCCGAGAAGCUGGGCGAGGUGCAGAAGGAGAUCGGGCUGAAGGAGAAGGGCAGCUUCAUCAUCAGCACCAAGAACCCGGAGUAUCCCGGCCCGGCGAAUGCGCGGCUUCCCAAGGCACCCGAGUACCCCAAGGAGUUCUUUGAGGAGUUCCGGUCUCUCCGCUGGGUCCCAACCCAGCCGAAGCACCUUGAUUACGCCAACACUCAGUUCCUCCUGGUCGGGGAGUCGUCUGGCGUGGAGAAGGCCCUGGCGCAGCAGCGGGAGGACCAGAAGGAGGGCAAGGCGGAGCCAGCGGAGGAGAUGGAGAAACUGGAAGACGAAGACACGCGGCGGAUGAAGGAUCUAAACGACAAUGAUUCGAGCCGCAUCUUCGAGGAUUUGCAGGUGCAUGCGGGAGACUACCCCAAGUUGCAGACCACCUUUUGA